AUGUCUUCCUUACGGGACCUUGUUGCCGGCUCGGAUAUGUGUACACCCAGCGAUGGUGCUGGGCCAUCGAAUGCGCUGGGCGGACUUGUCAACACGCUUCUGGGCGGAGCUGGAAAAACGCAGGAGCAGCUUCGGGAGCUGCCGGGUAUGGGCCCCGGUGUUGCGGGCCCCAGCACCUUCGCUCGCCACGUCCAUACCCCUGCGGAGCUAGCAAUGGCGGGUCCCAGCGGCUUACAGGUCCCGGGAUUGGGCCCGCCACGAAUGGAUGCAGCAGCUGCGGAGUCCUUCCUUCAGGGUAUCCAUGGGGGACCCUCUGCCGCCGCGGCGGCGGCUGCAGCCCCUGCGGAAUGGGACGCCAUCUUUCAUGGUCAGGAGGCUCGUGUCCCGGGGCCUAUUGUGCUGGCGCCCCCAGCGCCGCCACUAGCGCCGACGGCUGCAGGGGAGCUGAUGCCCCGGGGGCCACCCCCCAUGCUGGCACCUCACUUUCAGCUCACGGUGGCGGAUAAGGUCCGCAUCCGGGACCGCGCCACUAUCAUGGCUCGGCACCUGUACGCCGACCAAGGGGACAAAUUUGCGGAUAUGCAGGUUGGCCACCUGCUGGCCUCCCUCCGGAUAGAUCCUCGAGAGCUGCCCGCGCAGCUGAACCACGUGCACCAUGCAGACUGGCACGAAGCCUGGCGGGCCGCGGCCACCGGCGCGCCGCCGCCGUCAGCGUCGGCGGAGCUGGCGGCGGCGUCUGCGGCGGCGGCAGCAGCAGCACAGCUCCCGGGGGGCCCAGGCCAGUGGGACGCGAUUUGGGAGCAUCGGCAUGGCCCGGGGGCGGCGGCGCAGGGUCCUGCCAGCCUUCUACGACCGCCGUCUACCGGCUGGGCGAACGAAUUCGCACAAGCACAGGCGGUGCCGCCACCAGCGGCCUGGGCGGCGGAAUUCACGGGCACCGCCGCCGCCGCCGCCGCUGCGGUGCCAGCCGACUCCGCCUCGACUUGGGCCGCUGAUUUCAAGCAGGAACAAGAGCAGGCCACGGCGGCCGUGGCUUCGGACGAUCGGGCGUCACAGGCGACCCGUGGGUCGGUGGACACGCGCGCGACGUCGGCGGCGCUGGCGGCCGUGUUGAGUCAGGCUUCCGACCCCAAGAUGCGCAACUCCAAGUUCCUGCAGUUCGUGAGCAAGAUGAGCAAGGGCGAGCUGAUCUUGGAGGAUAAUAAGGUUGUGGAGCGAGGCCCGGAGGCGACGACGUCUUGGGCGGCGGAAUUUGGGCAGCAGCAGGGUACGGCACCUCCAGCGGCAUCUCAAUGGGCGGCGGAGUUUGGGCAGCAGCAGGCUGUCGAUGCGGGUCCCGCUACCAGCGGUCCGGCUGCUGCUGGUGCCGUCCGAGGUGGCGACUGGGUUGAGGAGUUUGCUCGCGGCGUGUCCGACCUCCGUUUGGAUGAGGGCCUGGAUGCGGCCACUGGUGCCCAGUUGGAGGCGGCCUGGCGGGAGGGGGAAGAGGAGGAGGGGAUCGCCUGGUGGGAGGACCGGGUGGAUACGGCAAAAGACAGGGACGAAGAACGGCAGUUUGAGGAGUGGGAGCGUCUGUACGGCCACGGCGCUGUGGAGGAGAGCUUCGGACUGGGGGGUACACAUACGUACGAGCGUGCUGGUCCCGGGGAGUACGUGUUUUCUGAGAGCAACCCCUUUCUGGGGGACCCGGAGGCGCAACAGAAAGGCAAGGAGCUGUUCAGACGCGGAGUUCUCAGUGAAGCGGCACUAGCUCUGGAAGCCGAGGUUCGUGCCCAUCCGGAGAAUGCGGAGGCGUGGCGGCUGCUUGGGACGGUGCAUGCGGAGAACGACGACGACCGUCAGGUGGUAGUGGUGGUGGUGAUAGUGGUGGUGGUGAUAGUGGUGGCGGCUAUCGCCGCCAUGAUGCGCGCCCACUCAGCCGACCCACGGGACCCUGAGGUGCUGUUAGCGCUGGGUGUGAGUCAUACCAACGAGCUCUCCCAGUUGGAGGCUGUACGGCACCUGAGGUCCUGGCUGGCGGCCCAGCCGGCGUAUAAGGCCCUGGAUGCGGCGGCGGGGGAGGCCCCGGACAGCAGUCAGCGACUAACACACGUGAUUCGCAUCUUCGAGUCCGCAGCCGCCCAAACGCCGUCCGAUCCCGAGCUUCAAGUGGCAUUAGGUGUACUGCACCAUUUAGGACGACAGUACGGCCCCGCCGUACAAGCCUUCCAACGCGCCCUGGAGCUACGUCCCUCAGACUACAGCCUUUGGAACAAGCUGGGGGCUACGCUCGCCAAUAAUGGCCGGAGUGGCGAGGCCCUGGCGGCUUACCAAAAGGCCCUAGAUCUGAAGCCCAACUACAUGCGCGCCUGGACCAACAUGGCCAUCUCCUUCGCCAACCUCGGAGACUACGACCGCUCGGCCGCCUUUUACGUCCGCGCACUGGGCCUCAACGCCUCGGCCGAGCACGUGUGGAACUAUAUGCGUGUGGUGUUGACGUGUUCCGGUCGGAUUGAUCUGUUGGAGGCUGUGGAAAGCAAGGACCUGGCGGUGCUGCAGGAGGCAUUUCCCCUGUAG